AAAUCAUUGGUCCGGACAAACUGUACCAUCUGCAUCAUGAUGACUUGCACGCUAACGGAAUGGUGCGUGGAUCGUGAACAUGCAGAAAAAUGGAGACGUGAGAUGAGUAGAUAUUCAUGUUCAAAUGAUUGCCAAUAUGUUUUUCACAUUUCUUUGCAGAAAGAUCAUCAAUUCGAGGCAAUUGAUGUCAGGUCAGAACCGACUAUUAUUGCAUGAUAUCAGUCAUAAAAACAGCAACAAUGUUGCGACAGAGACGAGGAGCAACAAUAUUGCGUUUGUUGAACGCUGCCUCGUAAUCUACAAGAUAGAGAAGUUGAUGUGGAUAUCUUGAUGUGCCUUUUCAACUUUGUCUGAUGUACUGAUGACACCAUCAACACAGAGGCUGAGAUGUCUGCAGCAGAACCAGAGGCCUGUGCCCUCUCCUCUUCUUCACUUGAUGUGGAAGAGAAAUGUCAGUACUAUGGCAAUUCUAGCUCGGAUCCUCCCACUGAACCACAUCCAGACAUGGACAUGUUCUGCUGUCACAGUGUCCAGGAUUCCUUACUGAGCUCUGACAGCCGCUUCACAAACUAUAGAGGGAUUCUCAACUGGAUCAUUAUCCUUCUGAUCUUGACCCAUGCUCACCUGUUCCUGGAUAACUUUAUACAACACGGCUUCUUGAUUGACUUGAGGAAAGUCUUGGAGCACCUUAUGGAGGACCAUUACAACUGGCCGUCUGUCAACCUCAUACUGGCUGCCAAUAUGUUUGCUAUUGCUGCUCUGCUACUUGAGAGGUGUCUGGAUAAGGGAACACUAUCCCCAAGUGCAGGGCACUGUUUACACCUGGGGAACCUGGGAUUACUAACACUUUUCCCUGCUGUCAUCAUUCUAUAUGAUACUUCAAUAUCAACAGGGGGAGCAUAUUUCUCACUCUGGACCUACACUGUUCUUGGGCUCAAGCUUUAUUCUUACCAAGAAACCAACAGUUGGUAUCGUCAGGGGUCUGUUCCAUCAUCAGGAACGGACAAGUGUGUAUUACAUGAGACGAAAAAACAUAUAGAACACCUAACUAUUAAAGACCUUUACUACUUUCUCCUGGCGCCCACUUUAUGCUACCAGCGAAACUUCCCCUUCACACCGAGGGUCCGUAUCAACGUUCUUUGUAAGACGCUGAUAGAAAUGGUGGUCCUUACUCAAAUUAUUGUGGGAGUUGUGCAGCAGUGGAUUGAACCCAUCUUCCAGAGAUCAGAAAACUCCUUCUCUAAUAUGGACAUCACUACCAGGGUGGAGCACUUGAUGGAGCUUGUGGCUCCCAACCACUUCUUGUGGUUGAUGUUCUCUUUCCUGUUUUCUCACUCCUACCUGAACUUCUGUGCUGAACUGUUGUGCUUUGGAGACCGCCAUUUCUAUGGGGAUUGGUGGAAUGCUAAAACACUAAAAUGUUUUUGGGGGAAUUGGAAUAUUCCUCUUCAUAAGUGGCGCUACAGACACUUGUAUACACCACUACUGAAAAAGAGGGUGUCACAAAAGCAAGCAGAUCUGCUGGUCUUCCUGAUGUCAGCUGCCCUUUGCGAGUAUGUCAUUGCUCUGCCCUUACACAGCUGUCGUCUAUGGAUCUUCUUCAUGAUGAUCUUUGAGCUCCUGGUAGAUGUUUACCUUGGAGACUAUUUCAAGGGUAACUAUGGCAAUGGGCUGGUGUGGCUGUGCUUUCUACUGGGUCCUCCCCUGGCUAUGAUGACCUAUUUCCAUGACCACUACAUGAGUCACCAUGGCCAACAUCCUCCUGGACUGUCCGUUUCUGAGUGUUUGUCAUGAUCACUGUCGUAUACACAAUUGGAUAUAGCACUUUCGGAUACCUUUGAUAAGACUUAUGUCCAGCAAUGGACCAUUUGUAGGGACAGUCGGCAUAUCAGACAAAUUGUUCCCAUUUUUGUUGAAAAACUCAUGAAAUUAACACCUUCACAGCUAUUUAUAAUGCUUUUGAAUUUGAACAAUCUGUGGGUACAUCAUGUAAUGAUAUGACUCAACCUCACAUGAAAGAUAUGGCUGCUUAUUCACUGUAUAUCAACAUAUGGUUUUGGUUCACCCAAUGUUACUGUAAGCUUAUGGAUUAUAGCCAACUUAUUUCAGACAACAUUAACUGCUGGGUGAACUAUUGGUGAACCACAACAUGUUGAAUUUAAGCACUGUUUGAAAUAUGUAGCUUCUAAUUGUUGUUAUUCAGUAUGGGGAAAUGUGCUUUUAAAUAAACCGCAUUUGAAGCUUU